UAAGACCUAAGUAUAAAUGAGCUUGAACAUGUUCAAAAUUCUUCAGAGGAUUCUCUUGGAAUGUAACAGGUGGAUUUUAAAAACAGUCUGAAUUGGUUCUGCACCACCAUGUUCAAAUUAACCCUAAUAGCAGGACUCCUGCUUUCUCUUCAUCUUGCCUAUGCUACAAAGCUGGUGUGCUACUUUAGUAAUUGGUCCCAGUACAGGCCUGGCAAUGGCCGUUUCACUUCUGAGAAUGUUGAUCCCUUCCUCUGCACACAUGUCAUCUAUACACUGGCAACCAUCAACCAAGACAAUCAGCUUACUACUACAGAAUGGAAUGAUGAGGACAUGUACAAGAAACUGAACAGCCUGAAAAAGGUAAACCCUUAUUUGAAAACAAUGGUGUCAGUUGGAGGCUUGUACAAUGUCAUCAACCCCUAUAUUAAUAUGGUAGCCACUCCAGAAAAUCGUAAGAGCUUCAUCCGUUCUGCUCUGCUGUUCCUCCGGAAACAUGAUUUUGACGGCCUAGAUCUGGCCUGGGAGUUUCCUGGACAGAAUGGAAGUACUCCUGAGGACAAGCAAAGGUUUGCUGCACUGAUAAAGGAGCUGAAGCAAGCCAUUAAACAGGAAGCCAUAGACACCAGGAACACACAGCUACUGCUUUCAAUCAAAGCAGGAGCCCUUAUUCCUACCAUUAAUGCAGCCUAUGAAGUCCCUGAAAUAACAAGUGAAGUAGACUUUCUUAAUAUCAUGACUUAUGACUAUCAUGGUUCAUGGGAGAAGGUAACUGGUCACAACAGUCCUCUUUUCAAGAGUUCUCUAGAUCAAGGAACCCAUGCCCAACACAAUAUCAAUGCUACAGUGUCUUACUGGAUGAGCAAAGGGGCUCCAGCUGAAAAGCUGCUUCUUGGUUUCCCCACAUAUGGGCGCACUUUCCACCUUACAACCUCCUCAACAGGACUUGGUGCACCAACCAAUGGCCCAGCUGAUGCUGGGCCUUACACGCGUGAUCCUGGCUACUGGUCUUAUUAUGAGGUCUGUAAUUUUGUACCCUCUGCAAAAUUCGAAUGGAUCGAUGAGCAAAGUGUUCCAUAUGCUACUCAGGGAACAGCUUGGGUGGGCUAUGACAACCAAGAAAGCUUUGCUGCCAAGGUUCAGUGGCUCACAUCCAUGAACCUAGGAGGGGCAUCAGUAUGGACCCUUGACCUGGAUGAUUUUGGAGGAUAUUUUUGCUCAGAGGGAGACUACCCUCUUGUUAACCACCUACGCAAAUCACUGGGUUUCCCUCCCAAGCCAACCACCACCCAUCCCCCAACCACUACCCCAGACCCUAUUGCCUCCUUUUGCUCUGGAAAACCUGAUGGUUUAUACCCAAACCCUGCUGAUGCUACCACCUAUUUCCAGUGCUUUCGUGGAAACACCUACUUGCACCGAUGCCAACCAGGCCUGGUUUAUGUUGAUGCCUGCAAAUGCUGCAACUGGCCAUAAGAAUCUAGAAGAUAUAUGUCAAAAUAUUCAAUAAAGUCAAAACUGUUUUUCUCCACACAAUAGUUUGCCUGACUUUCAGUUUAUGCUGUGCAUUCAAUAAAAUUAUUAACAUUGUAUCACUUAUUGCUGUUAAAAUGAGAACUUUCUUUGGGCAGUCAAAAAUAAAAACUUUACAUUUA